GGUGGUAUUGGUGCUCGCGCUCGUCUGUAAAUUGUUUAAAUAAAAACCUAAAUACGCCAAGCAGCGAGUCAACUGCGCUCAGUGGUACGCCGGCUGCUCAAAAAGAGAGUUCCCUAUUAGCGGACAAAAUCAAAAAGUGUAGCGCGUGCGUUAAAAGGCUGGCCAGCGCAUAAAUACAACAGCAGCAGCAACAACAACGAAAACAACAAAAAAACUCGCCACACACAAGCACACACACACACACACGCCACUAAACCCAUACUCAGACACCGCACAGAACAACAACAACAGCCAGCACAAUGAUCAACAUGGACAUUAGCGUUACGCCCAACUAUUCCUAUAUCUUCGAUUUCGAGAACGAUUUCAUACACCAGCGCACACGCAAAUGGAUGCUGGAGAACUGGACCUGGGUCUUCUACUAUUGCGGCAUUUACAUGCUCGUCAUAUUCGGUGGACAGCACUUUAUGCAAAAUCGGCCGAGAUUUCAGUUACGUGGACCGCUGAUCAUAUGGAACACGCUGCUGGCGAUGUUCAGCAUAAUGGGCGCCGCUCGCACCGCGCCGGAACUGUUGCACGUGCUGCGUCACUACGGACUGUUCCACUCGGUCUGUGUGCCCAGCUACAUUGAACAAGAUCGCGUGUGCGGCUUCUGGACCUGGCUCUUUGUGCUGAGCAAAUUGCCCGAACUGGGCGAUACGAUAUUCAUAGUGCUGCGCAAACAGCCGCUGAUCUUCCUGCACUGGUAUCAUCACAUUACGGUGCUGAUCUACUCGUGGUUCAGCUACACGGAAUACACUAGUUCCGCGCGCUGGUUCAUUGUGAUGAACUACUGUGUGCAUUCGGUGAUGUACAGCUAUUAUGCACUGAAGGCGGCCCGCUUCAAUCCGCCGCGGUUCAUCUCGAUGAUCAUCACGUCGCUGCAGCUGACGCAAAUGAUCGUUGGCUGUGCGAUCAAUGUGUGGGCGAACGGAUUUUUGAAGACGCACGGCCACCAAUCGUGCAACAUAUCGCAGCGCAACAUCAAUCUGUCGAUCGCCAUGUAUUUCAGCUAUUUUGUGCUGUUCGCGCGCUUCUUCUACAAGGCGUACCUGUCGCCCGGCGGACACAAGAGCCGUCGCAUGGCCGCCUCCCUCGUUGCCCAGAAUACCGCCAAGCUGUCCGGGCCAACGGCAUCCGCCUCCGAUUCCAAUCUGUCCGGCAAAUAUGUCGGCGAGGAUGCACAGGCUGCCUAUAUGCGCAAGGCCAAGGCGCAGUAGAGCCUAACUAUAAGCGCCCCUCCUCCCCCUCCCCCAACUAAAGGCUAAGGACAUUUAUUUAUGCAGGACCGAGGUGUAAAAGUUGUUUUUUAAUUUUAAAAGGCCCGACACACACACACACACACACAUACAGAGAAAGAGAAAGAGACAGGCGCACAUGAGGGGCGUUUGAUAAAUUUAAUUUUAAGCGUAGAGUUUUACCAGGCGGCUGGCUUACUAAAACACCCACACACACACACACACACACACACACAUAUAUAUAUAUUUAUAUAUAUAGAAAUUUCCACAUAUAUGUUUAUAUAACGUCAUGUACAUAAUGAGAUCUAAAUUCGAAGCGCAGCCCAAUUCGUUGGAUGUUUUGUAAAAAGUUAGCUAUGCAAUGUAAAAACCUUUUCGUCUGGCGCUAUACCAUAUAUAGUCUGUAUACUAUAUAUGCUAUAUAUACAAGUCGUGUGUUUUUUUUUUUUUUGAUAGUGCAGUGUAAGCCCAAAGUUCUCUAGUUUUCAUUUGUUUUCUAACUGUAAAAGGAUUUACGACAAAAAAAAUAUUUAUAUAGAAACAUUCUCAAGUUGAGUUCAGACCGCCGCUCAGUUAUCCCUACGAAUACUUACCCAUAUAUAUAUCUACCCAUAUACAAUAUAUAUAUACAUAUAUAUAUAACUUAUAUAACUUCUGUGUUGGCAAGCGCGCAUUUUUUGGUAUUUUCUGGGCAUGUUUUUUAUGUAGCUGGAACUGAUUUGUACUUUAAGUCGCGACAUUUUUAAAGCCAGCGAACUCGAAAUAUGAAAGAAAAGAAAAGAAAUUGCUCUCAUAUAUAGGUUAGUUCCCCAAACUUGUUCAAUCUAAAGCGCAAAUUGUUAUUGUAAAGUAAAAACCAAAACAAAACAAAAACAAAGAAAAACAACAACAUAAACUGUAUUCAAUAACUAAUUUUGAUAAAACGUGCAGGGGCGUGCAUUUAGUUUCGAUUUUUUAUUUUUUGAAAUUUUUACGAUCCAGAUCAAAGUUUCUAACAGCGUGAGAAAGUAACAAAAAAAAGUAAAAAAUAAAAAAAAAUAGGGAAGAAGAAGCAGCAAACAGUCCUCGAUGAACGUAACAAAGAAAAGAAAGCAAAUGCUUAAAUUAUAUAUUUAUAUUUGUAAGCAAACAAGAAGAAGAAGCGUAAAACAACAAGCAAAAAGUCCUACUUGAAAAGUUAAUUUAGUCUAAACGAUGCAUGAUAAGUAAAACCGUUAAGAGACAAACAACAAAAAAAAUAA